AUGCCCACAGUCAAGCCGCCCGGAGUACUUCACGCCCUCAUACCAGCCGCCCACGCCGUGAGCCGCGCAAACGAGACGGCCACCCACAUGGCGAGGGCAAUUGCUCAUCUUCGCUACAAACUGUGCUACACAUCUGACUCAACAAAGGCCGAUGCUGAUGCCUUUAAGGUUGCUCUAUCAAACAUUGAAAAAGCCCUUACGGGUCCCUAUCUCAUGGGUGAGAAACUGAGUCUGGCGGACCUGGCUCUCUUUCCAUUCCUGAAUGCCUGGGACCUGAUGAUGGGUCGACUGCUCAAGGUAGAUAGCGGCGCUGCCGGUGACAGCCUGAAGACGCUCGAUUCUCAGUGGCCUAACAUAUUAAAAUACCGCCAGCUAAUGAGCCAGCAACCCUUCGUCAUGAAAAACGCCUUUCAAGAUGAUGCCUAUGCUGAAUUCUUGGAGACUCGGAUCGCGAAAAAGCCAGCAGCUAAAUCCUAG